AUCUCGUUGAACCGGACUCCCAAACGGUUCAAAACAACCGGAAGGCCGCUUAUUGAACCAGAAGGAGAAGAAAGCACAAAUUUUCAGAAAAGAGAGAAGCUAAGCAGUGAAAUGGCUCUAGCGACGAGGCAGAGACGACCUUUACCGUCGGAUCUUCGGGCGACGGCGUCAUCGCCAACGACGUCGUAUACAAAGGUGGAUAAGCCGAAGAGAUCGGAUGGUGAAAAUGAGGGCGUCGAUAAAGGACUAGGUUGGCUUCUGCCGUUGAUUUGCUUAGGGAUGCUAAGGCACAUGAGCGCUAUGUCAAAUAUAAUUCACGAUUGUGAUGAGGUGUUCAAUUACUGGGAGCCUCUUCACUACUUGCUCUAUAAGUCUGGUUUCCAAACUUGGGAGUACAGUUCGCAGUUUGCCUUGCGGUCAUAUCUUUAUAUCCUACUUCACAAACUGGUGGGUUGGCCUGCUUCAUGGUGGUUUGGGGAGGAGAAGGUGAGAGUAUUAUAUGCUGUGAGAAUCUUUCUUGCAGUGCUCUCUGUGAUCAGCGAUGCUGCUCUAGUCGUAGCCCUUUCCCGGAAGUAUGGAAAGCGUCUUGCAUCAUAUACACUCGCAAUGCUAUGCUUAGCAAGUGGUUGUUUCUUUGCUAGCACGAGUUUCCUGCCGAGUUCAUUCUCAAUGUAUGCCAUGUCUCUUUCUUCAGCACUAUUCCUCUUUAAUAAGCCUGCCAUGGCACUUUCUGUUGCUGCCACUGGAGUGAUUCUGGGCUGGCCGUUUUCGAUCCUAGCUUUUCUUCCACUGACAAUUUACUCACUGGUUAAGAGAUUCAAAUCUGUGUUUCUUACAGGUGUUGUCACAUCUGUCAUCCUUAUGGUACUCUCACUUCUUGUUGACUACCGCUACUAUAAGAGGUGGACAUCCUCUGUUAUCAACUUGCUGGUAUACAAUGUUAUAGGGGGUGGUGAAAGUCAUCUCUACGGUACUGAAGGGCCAUCAUUUUAUUUGAGGAAUGGCUUUAACAAUUUCAACUUCUGUUUUGUGUUUGCUCUACUGUUCUUAGCAAUACUACCCAUUGCUAAGAAGAAGUAUGCUCCUGAGUUGUUGGUUGUUGUUUCACCUGUCUAUCUCUGGAUUGCCUUUAUGUCCUUACAGCCGCACAAAGAAGAAAGAUUUCUGUACCCAAUAUAUCCACUUAUCUGUGUUGCUGCUUCUGCUGUGAUUGAGAGCUUUCCUGAUCUGUUCAGGGAUAAGUAUAAUCCCAACGAUACAUCCGUCCUAGUUAUGAUAGCAAAAUUUCUCCGACCUCUAGCUCUUGGUUUGAUUCUUUGUUCCUCCCAUGCUCGGACAUUUUCCCUUAUUAAUGGUUAUUCAGCUCCUAUUGAGAUUUACAAGCAUUUAGACUACUACGAUGACGCUGGAACAGGUUCUGUCCUUUGCAUUGGAAGUGAGUGGCACCGGUUCCCUUCUUCGUUCUUCAUUCCUGAUUACGUGGGCCAAGUUAGAUGGUUGGAUGAUGGAUUCACAGGCCUUCUUCCAAUUCCAUUCAAUUCUAGCUUGGGUGGGACCUCGGCAGCACCAUCUUACUUCAAUAAUAAGAACAAGGCAUCAGAGGAGCAAUAUCUUACGGAUCCUGAGCAAUGCACUUUUCUGAUAGAGCUGCAACUUCAACGGCCUUAUCCUACACGAGGAAGUGACUUGUCUACCUGGGAGAUUGUUGCAGCACUUCCAUAUCUGGACAGGGAGUUAUCUCCUCCAUUGUACCGGUCGUUCUUUAUUCCAUAUCACUGGCAGCAGAAGAAUGUCUUUGGCCAGUACAGAUUACUUAGGAGAAUACCAAAGUGAUUGCAGAUGUACAAGCUGAAUUUUCUGUUGUCCAGCAACUUUUUGACGUGCCUGAGCUAUAGAAGUAGUUUAAAAUUGAGUAGGUCACUUUUGUAGUCUGAUACUAGCUAGUGGCUCUUGUAAGAGCAGCCAGUUGAUUUUGGUAAUUGGAUCAAAUCUUCCAUUAGUUUGAAAGUCAGAUUUUGUACUCUCCUUUUUUCAGUGUAGAUUACACAGAUGAAUGCUUGAACUUUAAUGUGGAAGCAAGAUGUCAAAGUCUUUUAUCGGCA